AACAAACUUAAUUACACUAAAUAUACAUUUUUUACCCUCAAAGUUUGUGAAAUUUGACCAAAAAAGUGAAAUGUAAAGAUUGAUUUGGAUGAAGUGGGCAUAACCCAGGCGCCCAAAUUCAAACGGGCCCACGGAGAUGAAGUGCCACGUGGAGGAAUGUGACUGGAUUUGAAUGGAUGAGGCGAUAUCCAUCUAAUCUUUGUUUACCACCACUGCUUAUUUCCUCCCCUCCAAACAAUCCCUUAAUUUCACACACUUUCUUCUUCUUCUUCUUCCUCUUCUUCACCAAACGAACCAGUACAGAAAUGGCCGCCAUCUCCGCAUGCGCUACGACAUCCGUCCUCGCACGUGCCGCGCUCGUGCCCAAAUCUCCCGGAUCUCGUCCCUCCUCUGCUCUCGGUCUUCCGGCGAUGAGACCGGCGGCGGGGAAGGUGAGAUGCUCGGCGGAGAGGAAGGGAGAAAGCGAGUCGAGAUCGGUUGGGACGGGCGGCGGCGGGGCAUCUCUGAUUGCGGCGGCAGCGGCGGCGUUGGUGACGAGCCCGGCGGCCAUGGCGCUGGUGGAUGAGAGGAUGGGCACGGAAGGGACGGGGCUUCCGUUUGGGCUGAACAACAAUCUUCUAGGGUGGGUGCCGCUGGGCGUGGUGGGGUUAAUUUGGUCAUUGUACAUGGUCUACAUAUCCACCCUCGAUGAGGACGAGGAGUCUGGGUUGUCCCUUUGAGACUGAACUUCCUUCUUCUUCUUCUUCUUGUCUUCUCUGUCAAAUUCAAAUUACUGAUCAUGUUGUAAAAUACUUUGGAUUCGGAUCUUGUUGUAUUUAUGCAAACUUUUGAUUUUCAUAUCGUCAUCUUUAAUCUCCUUUUUUCUCCAUUGACUAAGUGAUCUUGCUCAAUUCAACCAAGUUAAAUAGAGCUUUUUAACUGAG